GUCUUCCUCCAUCCUUCAUCAUCAGCAUCAUUUCCUUCAGUUGCUCCGCCGCGUUAGCUUCGACUGAACGGGGACACUUUCAGACCGGAGAGAGCCCUACUGGCGCCUAUAAACUAUAUCACAAAAGUAUGAUUCUUGGCGCAAAAAAAUUAUGACUUAAAAGCCGUAUAUAGACAGAAGCUUCUCUUUUGCUGCGUUAAGUUAAGCUAGUGGUUAGCAAGAGGACCGUUUCCAACGGCUGCGGCACGCGCCACAUCCCAGCCGCGACAGAUGCCCAGCGUGACGGUGAAAGAUGUCAACCAGCAGGAGUUUGUCAAGGCGUUGUCAGCUUUCCUUAAAAAAUCUGGGAAACUAAAGGUCCCAGAGUGGGUCGACACUGUGAAGCUGGCCAGACACAAGGAGCUAGCUCCGUGCGAUGACAACUGGUUUUACACCAGAGCAGCGUCCACAGCCCGCCACCUCUACCUGCGAGGAGGUGUGGGAGUGGGCGCCAUGAUCAAGAUCUAUGGAGGUCGCCAGCGGAACGGCGUAUGCCCCGCCCACUUCAGCGUGGGCUCCAGGAACGUCGCAAGGAAGGUUCUUCAAGCCCUGGAGGGCCUCAAGAUGGUGGAGAAAGACCCCAAUGGCGGUCGUCGACUCACUCCUCAAGGUCAGAGGGAUUUAGACAGAAUCGCUGGACAGGUCGCCUCUGCAAACAAGAAACAGCGAAGUUUACAAAGCGCCGCCUGAGGAAAGCAUCCACAGCGUAUUUAUUCACUUUUUAUUUGCUUGUCUUUUCAUCUCAGCCUGGUUCCCACUCUGUCCAAGGACAGCAGACAGAGAUGCAUGAGUCUGCAGU